UAGACUGUAUCUUUUAAAUCAGUCAGAAAAAUUAUUCUGAAAAAGACUAUUAGCACUGCAUUGUUCAGUGUUCACUGUGGGUGGGACAAUAAAACCUAUUAUAAUGUAUACCUGUUACAUACAUGACCCUGUGUAUUGAAGAAAGUUACAUACAUGCACAACUUAGGAAAUGGAGAGAGCCAUCCAUCUGCACCCACUAUCAGUCCUCACUCCAACUUCUAUAAGUCAUGUCUCGUUGCCAUGAGCACACUGGCCAGUUUUCAGCCUCAAUCACGAGAUAGCACCUCACAACUUAUACAGAUAGGGGUUCCCAAGCUGCUCCCUGAGGUAACACUUCAUGAUAAUUUUACAUACUGCUGUCUCAGGACUUUUGGCAUGGCAGUGUAUUGCAAAAAAUGUUUUUGCAAGUAGUAGAAGUGGAUAAGUUGGUUUAUUGAUAGGAACAGAAUUUGUGAAAGUUCAUGAGGUAACAUUAUAGGUUUGGCACUAUGUAUUAGCAGUACUGUCUACAAUUAGAACUGAAAUGAGCUUAUCUAUAGGGUAUAGAAAAAUUAAGAUGUGCUCAUAGCUACCAAAAGGCCUUCUGAGAAAUGUUGCAGCAUUGCUGUGAGGAUUUGAUUGCAUUUAGCCGCAAGAGCAUUAGUGAAGGAUGUUGUGUUUACUUUGUUUACUUGCUUGAUUAUUUACUUUUGAAUUAACUUCAGUAUUUUAGCCAUUAUCUCAGUGACCAAUGCGCAGAUUGCAUUCUCCCAAACUGUUAAUAAUUAACAUGAACAUUUAAAAUGACAAAAAUAUUGUUUAUCACAAUUAUUUCUGGCACAAUAUAUCUUCCAAUAAAGAAAUAAAUAGUUAUUGUGAAAGGCCUAGUUUCAGUGCUCCACAGAUCAGUCCUGGGGUCUUUUACCCCUCUAGCCCAUGCCUGCCAUCAUUCAUAGUGCCAAUAUGAUCAUGUUUAUCUGCUCCAGAAAGUUUUGUUCUAUUAGCAAUAGUUUUUUUUUCUAAGAAUAAAGGAUUAAACUUUUUUUUUCUUCUACUGUAUCUAAACGUGGUGAGAAAUGUGCACACGAGUGUCUGCUAUUUAUAUCAGGAUUUUUCAGUGUCAAGUGCACAGAUUGCGAGAGUGUGUGUGUUUGGCUCUGGUUCCCUUAAGUACAGCUGACAGCAGAUCCAGGGCUAAAGUCACGGGACAGAGAGACGCAGAGUGAGGGAAAGAGGUGGGGAGAGGAGAGAGAAAGAGACACGGGGAGAGAGAGAGGUGGAGAGAGAGAGAGAGAGGUGUAAGGAAAGUAGAGAAGUGGCAGCAGUUAUGCCGAUGCUUCAAAAUGAGGAGCUUUAUGAUCGUUUUGCUGCAGAAGCUUUUCUCGCUCUGGAGCCCUCUUCCCUCUCCCACUCAGGCUCCCAAAAUCUCUCCAAAGUCCUCAGUGCUGACCGGGUGGAGCAGAUGACCAAGACCUACAAUGAUAUUGAAGUUGUUACACAUCUGCUUGCUGAGCGGGACCGGGAUCUGGAGCUGGCUGCACGGAUUGGUCAGUCCCUGCUGCAGAGGAAUCAUGUGUUGCAAGAACGCACUGAGAACCUGGAGGAACAGCUGACACAGGCCCUAGAUCAGGUGCACCAGCUUCAGCAUGAGGUGUGUAAGAAGGAUGAGUUGUUGCGGAUGGUGGCGAGUGCAAGUGAGGAGAGUGAGACGGACUCCAGUUGCUCCACCCCGUUACGUCCCCCGCCGCCUGCAGUGGGCGCUUUCACACUCAGCCAGCUGGAGGCGCUACAGAGCAAACUGCAGGACCUGGAGGAGGAAAACCUGUCUCUGCGGUCAGAGGCGAGUCAUCUGAAGAAGGAGACCAUCACUUACGAGGAGAAAGAACAGCAGCUUGUCAGCGACUGCGUUAAAGAACUACGGGAGUCAAACAGUCAGAUGAUCACACUGACUGAAGAACUUUCUCAGAAGAAUGAAGAUCUGCUGAGGCAUCAGGAGGAAAUCGCUCAGCUGCUGUCACAGAUAGUGGAGCUCCAGCACAGAGUCAAAGAGUUGGCCUUAGAAAAAGAGGAGCUGAGAAUUCAUCUACAAGCCUCAAAGGAUGCCCAGCGGCAACUUACUGCUGAGUUAAAGGAUAUGUCUGAUAGAAAUGUGGAGUGUGUGGGGAUGCUACAUGAGUCUCAGGAGGAGAUUAAAGAGCUGCGCAGUAAAAACACUCCAGCAGCCGGUCUGCGCAGACACCUUUCAUACGGACCCUAUCCUAUGGAUUCUUUGGCAGCAGAGAUUGAGGGCUCUAUGAGAAGAGAGAUGAGUGUAGAGGAGGAGAUUGCCUUUGAGGACCAGAGGUCGGCCCAUAAGCGUGUGUUCCGGACGGUGCGGAGUGUGAACGAGGCGGUGGAGAGAGCAGCUGCAGCAGCUCCCCCAAUCCCUGGCUCUAGGAACUGCAGCGUUGUGAUGACUGCACAGCCCUUCCACUCUCACACACACACACCACAGGAGGCCGGCACACCACAAGACUCGGCUGAGUGUGACUCCCGCAUGGGUCAGCCAGGCUGUCCUGGAGGAAGUGACCUCGUCUCUGCACUGCACCGCCUCUCUCUGCGCAGACAGAACUUCCUGUGCGAGCGCCAAUACUUCCAAGCUGAGCGAGACAGGAAGCUGCAGGAGCUGGCGGCGGCGGAUCCUGAGGGCAGUUGGAGUGGCUGCAGUUCACCAAUGGGAAGUGUUCUGUCAUCUUUCACCAACCUAUCAGAGUACUCCGUCUCCUCCAGCUGCUUCAAAACGUUCCUGCCUGAAAAGCUGCAGAUAGUCAAACCCAUGGAAGGAUCUCUGACCUUGCAUCACUGGCAGCAGCUGGCAAAACCCCACCUCGCCACCAUCCUAGACCCCCACCCGGGUGUGGUCACCAAAGGCUUCCGUCCGUUGCCGCAGGAUGCUGUGUACCGGCUCACAGACGUAGAAGAAGAUGAGGAACACGAGAGAGCAUCGUGGCAGGACAGACGAGAGCGAGGAGGAGCAAAGAAGGAGAGCAGAAGAAGAGAGGAUGAGCCCAAGCAGAAGCUGGAAGAAGAAGAGGAGGAGAAGGAAGAAGAAGAGGAGGAGGAGGAAGAAGAAGAGGAGGAGGAGGAAGAAGGAGGGAUUACGUUCAAUGUCCAGUCCUCCUCCACUCCAGAGGAUAAGAAAGAGAGAGGAAAUGGAGUUGUGACCCCCAUCAAAAUCCCUUCUCUUUCUCCAUCUUUGAGAGGCUCUCCUGUUGCGGUGGCUGUCUCCACAGUGUCCACAGUCUCUACAGUCUCUACAGUCUCCACGCUGUCCUUACCUACCAUGGCUGGUCUCGUGAUGUCCCCUGCCCUCUCAGUAACCACAGCACCUUCGUUGUCAGCAGCAGGAUCAGGAUCAACAUCAGCACUUCCAGACCUGAUUAUUAAUACAACAGCGCCCUCUACAGCUAUAAAUCCUGGAAAGUGUCAGAGUUUCACCUCUUCCACCUACACCUUCACCACCUGCAGAAUCCUGCACCCCAGUGACGUCACACAGGUGACACCCAGCACUGUGUCCAGUCCUUCUGUGUGUGAAUACACCCCCAGUUCCCUCCGGACUGGUCCCAGUACGCCGGUCACUCCGUGCAGGCUCAGUCUGGGAGACUCGUUCCCUCCACGUCGCCCUGCAGCGCCCCCUGGUGGUCUGGCUAAGCUCCUUCUGGAGAAAGGCAUCUCUGCUCAGGCGGCUCCAACUCUGUCUAAACCUCCAAAGCCCCUCCCCCUGCGCCUCCUGCCAAAUACCCCCCCUAACUCUCCCUCCCAGUCCCCCUGCCCCUCUCCAGUGCAGUUCGAUUCCAGAUCUGCCCCCUCUGACAACUUUUUAGCAUCACGUCCUGCUGAGCUCUUCCUGCAGGAUGUUUACGGUGUCAAACUCGGCCGUGCCCCCCGACCUGACCUUCCCAGCCCAGACCCCGUCCCCGCUGACCAAACGUCCAAUCAGGAUCGCCUUGGUGGCAACCUCGUCGAUCGACUGCGAAAGCUGGGAUUGGACAAAAAAGUGCUACAUGGGGCGGAGUCAGACGGUGCUCAUCGUCAGGAUAAUGCCACUUUCCUAGCCACAGGUGGAGGAAGCCUAUUGGAUGGAUUAAGGCGGAACCAAAGUCUCCCUGCUAUGAUUGGUCGAAGAAGCACAUCUGCUUCUAGCCCCUCCCAUCCUGUUCCACCUCCGCAUCCCACCUCUCUUAACCUGCCUGCCCCAGCUUGGGGUAACUUGAAGCCUAACCGUAGACAUGCCUCGCUCUCUCAGGCCCCUCCUUUUCUGCACAAACGCUAAAGAAGGGGGCAGGGUCUGGAGAACAAAAGGAAACUGUUUUAACAUUUGGCUUAGCAUUUGCUCCUCCUACAAAUGCAUUGCUUUAUAUAUAUAUUUUAGAGUCAUAAACUAAUGUUAAGUUUCCAUUUUUAAAUGUGAUGCUACUCAGCUGGGCCAUGCUGUUGUAGCUAAUAAAAAUUUUCAUUAAAUAAAAGUUCUUAUUAUAAGGGAACUUAUUUGUGGGCGGAGCAUGGAUAGGUCAAUAUGUUGGAGUCCUGUUUGUGGGUGUGGCCUGCACUAGUUGAAUAACCUGUGACUUUUCCUAAUUCAGCCUUGUUCUUGCCUCUAUAAACUAACAGUAACUUGUACAACAUACAGAAGAUAAGAUGUCCCUCAUCUGUUAUAGAUCAUAUUUUAAAAGCACAGUUAUGUAUGAGGUCACGUGGUUAAUACGUAUCAGUGACUGAUAGUUAAAGCCUUGAUUUUGGAGGUUUUGAUAUAAAGGGAGAUGAGACUUAAAAUACUUUUUUUUUUUUCUUUUUCUAAAUUCCACUACUUUCUUCCAGUUAUUUUGGCUUUUAUCUACUUGUAACGCUACAUAGCCUUAGCAUGACUUGUGUACUGUUUCUCAUAAUCUGUCCAUUUUCCCUUGAGGCUCUGCAGGCUCAGCAGGUGGAUGAAGAAGAGAGGAAGCUGAACAAGGGUAGGGCAUGUAGGGUGAAGUGAUAAAGGGCAAAUGGAAAGUAGGUGUGUCACAUGGUUAAGUGGCUGAGGAAAUGAGGGAAUAUGUUUUGAGAGUUUAUGAGAACGGAUGGGUUUAAGUAAGUUGGUCAAGGUCCCCUAAUAAUGUAGAUAUGAAAAAAAUAUAAAAGGCAAUUUAUAAAUAAUAAAUUAUAAUUGUAUGCAAAAGUUUGGACACCUGAGGUUAAAUAAUAUUUUUAAGUGAGGGGUUUCUAAGUGGGAUUAAAGCACACAUUCACUACAUAAAACAAAUAUGCACUUUUUACAUUUAUAUUAAAUUUAUUAAUCUUAACUGCCUUAUAAGUACUGCUAAUUGCUUAAGCCUAUAAAAGGUGUCAUGAAUUAAAUGUAUGGCAUUGCACAUUUUUUAAAUAAAUAAUAUUUAUAGAGAUUUAUUCAUUUUGAAGAAAGCAGAUGGAUCUUGUGAGCCCGACUAAAACAUUUAUCUGGAUGCUCCCAGCCAGCACUGAUUUGCCACACCAGGUGCUGAUGAUAUAUCAAUAUAAAUACCAAAAUAUUAUUAGACUGCUGUAAUAAACGUUUUGUAUAUAUGUUAUUUGUAUUUAUUCUAAUACAGCUUUUUUCUGAGCAAAUAAGCAUUUAUUGCUCAGAUAAAGAGCUUUUUAAUUAUUUUUCCCCACUCCUUUUUGCACAGUACACAAUUAUGGCAACAGUACAGUAGGGCUGCACAAUAUACUGUUUUAGCAUUGGCUUAGCAAUAGACACAAUACUCACAUUGCAGAUGUUUGUUUAGAAAAAUGUUACAUAAUUAUAUUCCAUGACAUCUAUGAGGCUGAUUAUAUUGGCCUAUGAAAACAUAUUUUAUUUCAGUCUUCUAUAUACAGAGGGCAUUAUAAAGAGCAUGACAUGAUGGACCAUUGACUUCUGGAGAAAUAUGGUUUAAGUUCCAUUUUUUCCAUAAAAUACUGCUGAAUGUUAAGAGUGUUGAGAAAGUGGUAGGUUAUGAAAGGGAAGAGAUUAAAAUGGAACCUGAAGGUGAAUUAAAAGUGCUGAAGAAGGUGAUGAAGAACAGAAGAAUAAAUGAAUGUAUGAAUAGUAGAGCCUGCAGAGCCUCAGUAAAAGGAUUACUCUUCCUAUUUCCCUGUGAUUAUGCUGCAUUCCAUUUACCUCCGAAAUCGAAUAUAUCAGAGCUGGGAAUGACGGCACACCCAAGAAUACUUUGUUCCAGUUAAACAUGCAGAUAAUUUCACAUUAUAUCAAAUAAUUUCCAGUAUAAGAGUUUGCUAAAGAUGUUGGAGUUUACCUCAACCUUCCUUUAGGUUAGCAUUGUUAGCAUUGUCCCAUGUUAACAUUGUUACCCUUAUUUUAGGUUAGCAUUGUUAGCAUUGUCCCAUUUUAACAUUUGUUACACUUUCUUUAGGUUAGCAUUGUUAGCAUUUCUUUAGAUUAGCAUUGUUAGCAUUUCUUUAGGUUAGCAGUGUAAGCAUUAUCCUAUGUUAACAUUGUUACCCUUUUUUUAGGUUAGCAUUGUUAGUUUUUCUUUAGGUUAGCAUUGUUAGCAUUUCCACUUAAUAACGAGAUAUUAUACAGUAUUUUGCACAUCCAAACACUAUGUAAACAUGUCCACAGUUAGAGGUUGGACACUACUGUGUUUACCACUCAAUUAAGAAAACCCAAAUAGACAGAAGUGAUUAUGGACUCUGAGCUUUCCUAGCUGAAAUUCCUGCUUGUGGGGGCGUUCCAGUUUAAAUUCCGACUUUCACGUUGAAAUGGAAUGCAGCAUUAGACUUGUGCCACUUGUGCUUUACUAAAAAAUAGCCAGCCAUGCUUUACCCUUAAACACUACUGAACCAGACCAGUGAAGAUAUAUGCUAUUUCCAUGCCUCCAGGUGUUGCCACUAUUUUACUGUGUCCAGUAAUAACUGCCAUAUCUGCCAGGUUGCUGUUGAAGACUGAGCAGAUUGUGUUCUCCUGACUUACCAGAGAUAAUUAAUGACAAGCAGCUCUGCUCUGAGCAGUUUUCAGUGCCCUAGUCGUGGUACUGACUGCAUUAGACUGACUGACUGACUGGCUGGUUUUGGUUUUGCUCAGGAUUUUUAGGUUUAUUAUGUAUAAUGUUUUAUCAUUUAAACCUUUAUUUUGUGCCAUGUGUCGUGCCAUGGCAUUCAGGGCUGAUUGGAAUGGAUUUUUUGUUUUAUUUUGAAGUAUUUAAACAGUACAUUCUGUCCGAGUCAGUGGUGUGCAGCUGGAAGGAUCAGAAAAUGCACUCGUAUUGCAUAUUAAUGCAGCUUCUAUAGUAUCAGAACUAAAGGGAAUGCUUAAUUUCAGUGGGUUUCCAUCAUAUAUUUCUGACUAUCUGGCAUUAGAUAUGAAGUAAUAUUGCACAUUAUAUCAUCCAGGCUGUGCAUUUUAGCCAACUAACCAACAUCCGUAUUAUCUGAGUGUUAGAAAACUAAACAAAACAAAAAAAAACUGCUUAACUUGCUAUUGUAGCAUUGCAUGUCCAGUUACAUUACAUUAUAUUACAUGACAUUUUCCAGUGAAGUAACCGGUAAAUCUGAACCUGAACUAUAUGCUGUUUGGACUCCUCCUCCAUAAACCAUGACCAUCCCUCAUUCCCAUUUUUAUGCACUUUUUUAUUUUUAAUCUUUAACCCACUAAAGUCAUGUUAUUUGAGGAAUCUUACUUAGUGUACCUAGUAUAUAUAUAAUGUACUGGUAUGAGAGUACCAUAAGAUAACAAUAGCUCUAACAUAAGUUACAUGAAGUAAUAUUAUUUAGCACUAUUUCAUUUAGCAGAGGUUUUAAUAUAUGUUAUAUCGCUCAUUAUUAGUUUGCGUUUUUGUGGCGGCUCGUUGACAGAGUUUGAGAUGGGAUUUUCUUUUUAAAAAAUGUGUACAAACCAAAAUGCUACCAGCAGUUUUUUUUCUGCUGGCUGGAUUGUAUUGUUUGUUUGUUUGUUUGUUUGUUUGUUUGUUUUUUGUAAACCGAACGUAUUUGUUUGCUAGUUGAUGCAAGGGGACCUGCUUAUUGUGCCGUUUUUUUAAUAGCCAUAAUAUUCAAGCAACAGCAUCAGAUUGGAAGAGGAGGGGCGGGAACUUGAAUAUGUUGUCACUAGAAAGGCUGGUAUGAUGGAAUGUAGAUAGUAUGUUUGUUCUGAUCCAAUCCAGAUCAGUUUUUAUUGGAUGUAGUACUGGAUUUUGAAGUUUAAUGUCGUCUAGGUGCCAUUAACAAACACUGUUCUAUAGCUUUUGAAGCACAGAAGGUGUACAAGUCUCUAAUUUUCUCCCAAAAAUGCCUUAGACAAUUUUAAUUUGUGACCAAACAAACAAAAAAAAGCUUUAUUUGAACUGUUCACUUUAAGUAGUGCAGCAGUUACACUGUGUAAGUUUCACCAGCCUAAAGUUAACUGAUGUAUAAUUUAAGGUGGAAUGGAAUAGGCUCUUAUAGAAUCAGCUUAGCUUAGACCUUGUUGUAAGCGUGAUGUGGAAACAAUAGACAGUGCAAAAAGAUUGGAUCAGUUUUAUUAACAGUCAGCAUUAAUUUAAAAAAACUUGAUCGGGACAUUUCUUGUAGACUUAUAUAUAUAUAUAUAUACAAUCUAUUCCUGUACAGACUUUCUGAAAAGGAUCUAAUUGCUAAUAUAUACAAUAAAUUGGCAUUUAUCAUAAUUAAAUAGCGUAAAAAAAGCAAACACUGUAAUUUAAGUGAUUUAAGAGGCUUUUAAUCACCAAAGCUUAUGACUUAACUUGAAUUAAAGCAUAAGCUGCUGCUGCUGCUCUCCACAUACCAGCCUUUCGUAUGUCUCUCAGGGUCAGGACUGGCGUGUAGAGAUGAUGAUGAGGAUAAUAAUGUAGUGAGAUGUGUAACAUCAUUAGUGUUGCCAAGUGUUCAACGGUUAGACAUAACAAUAGACUUGACCAUUGUGACUGUUAGCUGAUUCCCUGUUAAAGCCCCAUCAGCGCCAUUCUGUUGCUUUAUUUUUUGUUUUUUUAAAUAAAAUAAUCAAAAACCUA